AUGUCGCUUUGGGCAGAUAAGUACAGACCUAAGACUUUGGGUCAGCUCACAUACCAUCCAGACAUAUCGAAAAAGUUGAAGUUGCUUGCGAAAUCGGGCGAUUUCCCACAUAUACUAAUGUAUGGCCCAUCUGGAGCCGGAAAGAAAACCAGAUGUAUGUCAUUGUUGCAUGAGCUAUACGGUUCUGGUGUGGAUAGACUUAAGGUGGAUGUGAAAACAUUCCAAACUCCAAGUGGAAGAAAAUUGGAAUUUAACGUGAUAUCAUCUCCAUUCCACAUGGAAAUAACACCGAGCGACAUGGGAAAUAACGACAGGAUCGUUAUUCAGGAGCUUUUGAAGGACAUUGGGCAGACGGAGAGUAUCGACUUUGCUGGUCUUUUGAAAGGUGAGGAUACAAAAGUUCUUAGCAACAACAAGAAAAGAUUCAAGGUGGUGAUCAUAAACGAAGCGGAACAGCUCAGCAGGGAUGCACAGGCAGCGUUGAGAAGGACAAUGGAGAAGUUCUCGGCAAACAUCAGAUUGGUGUUGAUCUGCACAUCGACAUCCAACAUCAUUGAUCCUAUCAAAUCUAGAACUUUGGCCAUCCGAGUUGGUCUACCCAGCAUUGAUGAAUGUGGACAGGUGCUUGAGACAAUUCUCAGCCACGAGAGCAUGGCCAGAAAAGAGUUCCCGUCCGAUCAAUCAGAGAGAUACGAAAUAUACAGACACAUCGCCGAUGCGUGUAACCAAAACUUGAGGAUGGGAAUUAUGAUGCUUGAGGCUUUAUAUAUGAACAACGACAAAGUCACACCCACAACUGCGGUCAUCAGACCAGACUGGCAGCUUGUGAUCGAGGAGUUAGCCCGGGGAAUACUCAAAGACCGCAGUGUUUCAAAGCUCCAGCAGACCAGAUCGGUCUUGUACGAAUUGCUAGCACAUGCAAUACCGGCAAGUCUAAUCUUAAAGGGGCUAACACUCGAGCUCUGGCGUGACAUUGAUGCCUUUGCGGGUAUCAAGAACCGCGACCAGACGAAAGCAGAGGUGGUUGAGGCUGCAUCGGUCUUUGAUGAGAGGUUAAGUUUGGGAUCCAAGGACAUUUUCCACCUAGAAGGCUUUGUGACUCGAGUUAUGGUUGUUGUUGAGGGAGACGUGAGUGGAGAAACGAGGUAG